AUGCCAUCUUGCUGUUACGGUUGUGCUGGAUCAGCUGGCGGCUGUGCAGCACCGGCACCAAUGAUGGCUGUCAGUCGGAGCAGUGGCACUAGUUCAGUAGGCUCGGUAGCAUCAAGCGUAUCAGCAGCGAGCUUAGCACCAGCCCCAUUAUCACAUCCGAUGUCAAGCGGUGGCUAUGAUGUUCCGUUAGCCUUACACGUCAACACCAACUCACAACCAGUCCAAAACGAAAUUGCUGACGCAUACAGACGACGGUGA